AUGCCUCUCCAAGUCCCGUCAUCACUGGGUUUCGGCUCCGGCCCCGGCCUCGUCAGGGGCGCACUCGCCGCUGCUUUCCUGCUUCUGAUAUCGCUACUCUGCAUCGUCGCCGAAGCAAAACACACUGAACACUGGGUCGGGAUAUGGACUUCAAUGCCCCAGCUCGUCGAGCCCGCCAACCUGCCCAAUGCCCCUUAUAACGGGUCAGCCGCCGUGUUCGAGAACACGACGCUCCGGCAGACCGUCUUCGUCACGCAAGACGCCUCGGUCAUCCGGCUGUCCUUCAGCAACGCCUUUGGCGGCACGGACCUGGCUAUCACGGCCGUGACGGUCGCACUGCCUGCUGCUGCUGCUAAAAACGAAAGCGGCGCGGGAGCAAGCGGCGUCCGCCCCGAGACAGCGCAGACGGUGACCUUCUCGGGGGGCCGGCCCGGCGUCACGGUGUCCAACGGCGCGCUCGCCGUGUCGGACCCCCUCAAAUUCACCGUCAGGGCGCAGUCGGUGCUGUCCGUGACGCUGUACCUCGCCGGCGGCCAACCCGGCCACGCCCUCACCGGACACCCGGGCAGCCGCACCUCGAGCUGGGCCGCGCCGGGAAACCUCGUCGCGGCGCCCGACCUCGCCAACGUCACCUCCACCACCGCCGUCGCCGCCCGCAUCUACCACUGGUACUUCCUCUCGGCCAUCGACGGCUGGCUGCCCGCGAGCCGCACCGCGCUCGCCAUCGUCGGCGACAGCAUCUCGGACGGGCGCGGGUCGACCACCAACGCCAACAACCGGUGGCCGGACCAGCUGCUGGCGCGGCUGCAGCAGCGCAAAGACACGGCUAAAAUAUCCGUGCUCAACCAAGCGGCAGGCGGCAACCGCGUGCUGGCCGACGGGCUGGGGCCGAACGCGGUGGGGCGCAUCGGGCGCGACGUGAUAGCGCAGGCGGGGGUGCGGUACGCGCUCGUGCUCGAGGGGGUCAACGACCUGGGGACGGCGGCGGCAGACGCGGCGGCGCAGGGGCGGACGGGCGACGUGCUGGUGGCGGCGUACGCGCAGAUAACAGCGCAGCUGCACGGGCACGGCAUCGCCGUGUUCGGGGCCACCAUAACACCAUUCACGGGGCCGGGGCAGGCGUACGGUGACGACGGCGGCAGCGGCGCCCGCGAGGCGCAGCGGCAGCGCGUUAAUGCGUGGAUCCGCACGAGCGGGCGCUUCGACUACGUCGUCGACUUCGACGCCGCGGUGCGCGACCCGGCCAACGCGACGCAGCUCAGCCCGCUCUACAACAGCGGCGACUACCUGCACCUCAACCCCGACGGCUACAGGGCCAUGGCGGCGGCUGUUGACCUGGCUGUGUUCGCCAAGUUCGCGGGCGGGGUGCGUUCCAUGGUGUGA